AUGGCUGCGCCCAUGAUUUUUUGUCUGGGGUUGGGAAGUUUUCUCCGAUGGAUGCUGUUCAAAACGCCCUGUGCUCAGUGGCUUGCGACGAGACAAGAGGCUGUUACUCCUUUGACAUCAUGGAAGAGAGUCGUGGAAGGAGUGUCUCUCUACAGCCAAGGAAUAUCGCCAUAUAAAGGGGAUCUUUUUCAUGAGCCCCCUUUGAUGCUUAGAUUUUUCGACUUCGUCGUCACAGUGAUGCCAGGAUAUUUAGAUUUGUUCUUCAUUGUGAUGGAUGUCGUGAUAGCCGUCGUCCUAUAUGAUACAGUCCACUGGUAUGGCCGCUACUUGCUCAAGAGGCAAGACAGAGAGGCAAAAACUUAUGCAUCAGAUGUGAAACCGUUGCUCCUGAAAUCAUCGGACCUGUUCUGGACGAAAACAAAGAUAGUAGCGCUAUAUUUAUUUAAUCCCUACACCAUAGCGGUGUGCCUGGCCAAGUCAACAUCUGUCUUCAACAACCUGGCUAUUGCUCUAGUUUUCCUCUUCACUUUAAAGGGCCAGAGAUUUGGUGCUGCUUUCUUCGUAGCAAUAGCCGGAUACCUCAGCCUUUACCCCCUGAUGUUGGCACUCCCAGUUGCCAUCUUCAUGCUUCAGAGAGAAGGCAAAGUCACCAACUAUUUCAGCCCUUCAAGUCUAAAUGAUAUGUCAAAGACAUUUACGGCAGUUGCUGCACCAUUCUGUGCGCUGUUGUUGAUGUCUUAUCACUUAGAGGGUUCGUGCGACUUUUUGAAAUCAACUUAUGGGUUCAUAUUGACAGUGCCAGAUCUGACGCCGAAUACUGGAGUAUUCUGGUAUUUCUUCACAGAGAUGUUUGAACAUUUCCGUGUGUUCUUCCUCUGGGUUUUCCAGAUCCAUGUUUUUAUCUACACAGUUCCCCUCGGAGUCAAACUCCGGGAUCAUCCCAUCUUUCUCAUGUAUGUUCUGACCACAAUCAUAAGUAUCUUCAAGUCCUACCCAUCUUAUGGUGACGCUAGCCUCUACCUGUCAAUGCUACCAAUGUGGUCCUAUGUAUAUCAAUACGUGCGUAACAGUUUGGUAGUGACAUGCAUGUUUGUGUGCAGCACCGUGCUGGCGCCCAUCCUUUGGCAUCUCUGGAUCUAUGCUGGAAGCGCUAACGCUAACUUCUACUUUGCCAUCACGUUGGUCUACUCAGCGGGCCAGAUAUUCCUUAUAACCGAUGUUGUGUUUGCAUUUCUGAGGAGAGAGUUCCACCUCAUCAACGGCUGCGAACCAAAGCUAGAAAACGGCACAAAAGCUGAAGUCGAGAUUCGAUAAUCAUUUCAAGGCAUCUUUUCCAUUGAAACAUGCUUUAAAGAGAGGUCAACGAAAUAUUCCUAUCACAUCUUAUUAGAUUUGGCACUUAUCAUGAUAAUCAAAGGGAACAGAGUCAGUCUAUGCCUCCUAGUCUCGCCAUCAAGGAGUGAAUAGGCAUGGUAUUUUCCCAACGAGUUUUUAUUGGAAUAGAAUAUAUUUCCACUGUCUAAUCAGUGCAUUUGCAUAACUGCCAAAGAAGUUGCCGCUGACUUGUAGGAAAUUAGGGCCUGACUGCUGAGAUGGUUUUAAAAAAUGUACAGGUUAUAUGAUAUUCAAGAUACAGGACUGUAUCAAGACUUUGAUGUGUGCACUUUUGUUCUGUUGGGCUUAAGGGAAUAUUGAUUAUCAGAUGAGUUGUAGUAGUGUAAGAAACUGUAGCGAAAUAAACAUGUAUAAAAAAACAUAUUUUUCACGAAGGGGAGGUCAAAGAGCCAUUUGUUUCUUUAUAUAGCACUGAAGGGGGCCAUCUCUUGUACUUAAGCUACCAUCCUUCUAUCCCUUAACACGACCUGGCCUGUAAACAAAUUGCACUGUUGUUUUCCUUAUAUGACUGUAGAUGUAGCACUUGUCCUCAAUGUAUUUACUUGGUUGCUCUUGUGCUGAUUAAAAGGGUGAGCAAAAAAGUAACAAGAAAAUAAGACACAUUCAUACUGAGAGUUCCUGUGAUUUAGCAGUUAUCUUCAUGAGGACUCUUGAGCAUGCUUGAGUGCAAUCUCUCAUGCGCUUUCAAAAAAUAUUCGAAUUUCAACUUUCUUAAAACGUUAGGUAGUUCUCUCGGUUUUAAUGUCCCAACAAAAACAAGCAACAGUGUAGGAUAUUUCUCAAUGUACAGUGAGCUUAUACUGUGAAUGGGCUGAUGUACAAAGGUCCUGGGGUUCAACUGUUUUCAUGAUUGGGACUCUUGAGUGCAGUCUCUCAUGUGUGCUUGCUGUACAAUGUUAGGUGUUUUACAAAUUGAAAGUACAUGUUUAUGUUCAUGCUUAUGCCAUAGUUGACUUGUACAACAAUUGUUUUGUAAUAAUAAAUUAUUAUUUUU